AUGGAACGCGUCUACUACUUUCAUUUACACAUUAACUUGGAUGAUGUGUUCAGAUACUACCUACCGUUCAGCUGUAGCACCCUUUCGGUGCCUAGCUACCAUGCCACGCGAAAGAAGCACGAGAGCUGGGAUACUGCCAGGUUGCCCAAGCCUAGAAAGGCGAAGUCGAGAGGCAGAGGUCGGAUUCGAACCACGGACCUUCCGCCAUCUCGCCCCGUGUGUUCAGAUACACGUUCAGUUAUUCAAAUCCUCGGGCAGAACGGAGUGAAAUCAAGCACAGUACGUCGUCGUAGAAAAAAAAACAAAAUUGAUGUUGGCGAAAUGUUAUUCGUUAUUAAAUUUCAGAAUUUCAAUGUAUGCAGACUUGAUGAAGAGAAACGGUGUCUUACACGACUAACUAACCAAGGCUAG